AUGAACUCUAUUACAGAGCUGAAGGCUAAGGAAGUGUGUGAUUGGCUGCGGGCAGCAGGAUUUCCUCAGUAUGCACAGCUCUAUGAAGAUUCUCAGUUUCCUAUCGACAUUGCGGCUGUCAAGAAGGAUCAUGAUUUUCUCGACAGUGAUUCUGUGAAAUCCCUGUGCAGGCGGCUGAUGACUCUAAACAAAUAUGCUUAUAUAAAGCUUGAUGUCAACAUUAACAGGAAGUCGGGUAAUGAUUCUGAAGAAGAUGAUCUCUGCGCAAUCAGUGAUCGCUGGGCGUUUCAGCAAGAAAGCAAAAGAUGGUCUCGGUUGACAACUGUUGACUUCCUGUCGAACCGUGCUGAGAUCCUGAGCUCAACAAUGAAGGAAUCAGCCAGUCGGGAGAGUAUGCUGUCUGACCUUAGUGAUCCUGAGCCUUGUUCUGAGCAUUGCAGUAACGGCAGUGCUGGGAGCAUCCAAGAGGAGUUGUUAGGUCAUUAUUCAGGCAGUCAGCUGGAAUCAAAGGAAAGUCCAGGGAGUGUUUUGAUGGUUCAUUCUCAAGCAGCACAAAAGAAUAAUGAUUGCUCAAGUGACAACUUUGUUUCCACUGGAACACAAACUACUCUAGACAUCUUGGAGAAUCCCAGAAAACACAGGACUAAGAGUUUUUUGAGGCGAAUUGAAUCUCUUCGUUUUAGAACUCUUCGGGGUAAAGACAAAGCCCUUUCAAAGAGCAAAGAACGAAGAAGUGUCAAGAUAGUAUCACAACAGCACCAUGAACCUUUACAGAACACCAGUCCUCUGAAAACACUUAAUGAGCCAGCAAAAGGCUUGGCGAAGGAUGUAUCUCCAUCAAAUCUUGCAAAGCUUGUUGACUCUGGACACACAAAGGUCUUCAACUCCAGAAGCAGCCACAGCAUAAUGCAUGGUGGACUAUACUUAGAGGACUAUGAAAUGGGGCUUACGGCCUCCAACCAUAAUAGAAAAGAUGAGCCUUAUUCUCAUGAAGACUAUGUUGUCCGUGUCCCCACAAACCACAAAGUAGGGACCUUCCCCAAAGCCCUUUCCAUAGAAAGCCUGUGUCCAGCUGCAGGUGAUCAUUUAGUGGACUGGAAAUCAGAAAAUUUGCCCUUUGGAAUGUCUGCAUGUAGUAGCAUCAACAACUUUCAAGGGCUUCUGUUUCAGGGGCGAAGGGGUUCAUGUAGCUCCAUUGGGAGCAAGCGAAGUAUUUAUGAUAAUGUGCCCGAAUCUCAUCCAUACAAUGGUGCAGUUGGGCGUGAGGACUUCUUCAAACAAUUAGAUGAUGUUAUAAAGCAUGUCAAUGGGUUACAGGAGUCUGUGGGCCUCUGGUCAAAAACUGUAUGCACAGAAUUUAAUGACACAGAAUCUGAUUCCACUGGUGAGACCGUUUUUCCUUCGCAAGGUCUGAAUUUUGAAGACCGCUCUAUGUCUGAUGUGGGGACCUCUGCAAGUGAUUUUGACAGUACUGGGAAUUCAUUAAUUGAAACUGAAGAGAUAGAGAUCAGGGAACGGAGAGAUUCUGGAGUAGGGGCUUCAUUAACCAGAACAAACAGAAAGCUCCGCUGGCACAGUUUCCAGAACUCUCACCGUCCAAGCCUGAACUCUGCUUCUUUGGAAAUCAAUAGACAGUCGGCAGCUCAGCUCAACCUUCUGCAACGAUUCUCUUUAUUGCGUCUGACUGCCAUCAUGGAAAGAUACGCUGUCCGCAAUAAGCAGGGCUGGAACUGGGGUGUUCCCAAGUUCAUGAAAAGGAGCAAGGAACCAGAUUACAGAAGCAAGUAUGUGUUUGGUGUUCCACCAAUUGUAAAUGUGAAGAGGUCAGGUCAACCACUCCCUCAAAGCAUCCAGCAAGCCAUGCGCUAUCUACGCAGCCAGUGCAUGGGCCAGGUUGGCAUCUUCAGGAAGUCAGGUGUAAAAUCCCGAAUCCAAACUCUGAGGCAAAUGAGUGAAAGCAGCCCUGACAAUGUUAAUUACCACGGUCAGUCAGCAUUCGAUGUAGCAGACAUGUUAAAGCAAUAUUUCCGGGACCUUCCGGAGCCUAUUUUCACCAACAAGCUGACAGAAACCUUUUUGCAGAUCUAUCAAUAUGUGCCAAAGGACCAACGCCUCCAAGCCCUUCAGGCUGCAAUUGUGCUGUUGCCAGAUGAGAAUCGUGAGGUGCUUCAGUCGCUACUGUACUUCUUGAGUGACAUUGCGUCAGUGCAAGAGAACCAAAUGACUGCUGGAAACCUGGCUGUCUGCCUUGCUCCAUCUCUAUUCCACCUAAAUGUGCCAAAAAAAGAAACUUCCUCACCAAGGGUGAUUCGAAGAAGGGGUGUACUGAACAAACCUGAUCAGAGGGACCUCAAUGAGAAUCUGGCAGCGACUGAGGGACUGGGUCACAUGAUUGCAGAGUGCAAGAAAUUAUUUCAGAUCCCACAUGAUAUAAUGGUGCAGUCUCGAAACUCCUACAUUGCAGGUGAUGCGCAUCCUCUGCCCAUGGACAGCUUAAGGGGACAUCAUGAAGGCAAGGAUAAAGAAUAUAUGAUCUGCGUGGAAGACAUUAUUCAGGACCUACAAAGGGAGGCUGGAGAAAAAUUCAAAGGCUGGACUAGUAUCCAAGGACCUGUGAACACAGAACUUUCUUACAAGAAGGUUGGUGAUGGACAUCCCCUUCGUUUAUGGAAAGUGACAACCGAGAUAGAAGCAACUCCUAAUUCUGUAUUAAAUCGUCUGCUUAGAGAACGCCACCUUUGGGAUGAUGAUGUGCUGGUUGUAAAUGUUGUGGAACAAUUAGAUAAAAAUAAGGAGAUCUGCCAUUAUGUUCUCGAUAGCAUGGCGCCACAUCCCAGGCGAGACUUUGUUGUUCUAAGGGCAUGGCGGACUGAAUUACUGAAAGAAGCAUGCAUUCUGGUAGCAGUUUCUGUUGAGCAUGAUGCAGUGCCCCUGGAAGGUGGUGUGAGAGCAGUAGUCCUGAACUCGCAGUACGUGGUUGAAGCUUGCGGCCCAGGCCGGUCUAGACUCACAUACAUCUCCAGGACAGACCUGAGGGGUCGGACUCCAGAAUGGUAUAACAAGGUCUCUGGGUACCUCUGCGCAGUAGAAGUUGCGAGGAUACGGGAUUCCUUCCUGCCACCAAACUCACGAGGUCUACAUCUGCAAUGAGCUAAUACUGCAAGCAAGAGAAAAUUGUAUUUAAUGAAUAUUCCCUCUUCACAACUGUCACUAAUCUGUGUCUUCUAUCUAAUCUAACUGGACAAGAUGCAUCACGAGAGGUCCAGAUGAAGAUGGAUCUUCAGCCCAUUCAGCAUUAUAUUUACAAUAUACCAGACUUUCUGUCAUCCCUUCAUAGUACCCAACUGUUGGUUUAAUGUGUCCGGUAUCCUGGUUACCACCAUGCUUUGUGUAAAGAUAUCAUUCCUGACGUGGGACUCAAUAAGUAAUUGUUAUUUGAUAAUUAGAUUUUAGCAGUAACACACUAAUGAGUUGGUGAGAUACAUUAAAAAUGACAUUGUUCUUCUGUCCAGUGUCUUGGUUUUAAUCUUUUGUAUGGCUUUAAUUCAUUAACUGCUGUGACAUUCUUGCACCCAUAGAUCUGGGGUAAAGAAAGGGGUUAUCUCAAUUUGUUGAAAGUAAACCAGCCCAAAAGAGCAAAAUGUCUAAAUCUGUUCACUGUGAUAUUGUCAACCAACACAUUCAACUAGCAGGAAAGAUAAAUGCAAGGAAAUGUCUUGGAAUUAUGGGGUCGAGACCCUUAAACAAUGGAAUAAGGAAAUGAGAGGUGUAUGAUUGUUAACUUUCAGAGAAGUGUUUACUGUGUAUGGGGAAGUGCUGGGGAUGUUGAUGGGAGCAUGUGUGACUUGGUUGUGGAACUGAAGUGGAAUGGUGUUUUUAGGAAGUUGUGUGGGUUGCUGCUGACUGGCCUGCAAAUAGGUUCUUUCUGUAGCAAGAAUAAACAUUUAAACCAUUUGAGGUUAUUUUAUUAAACUUCAUGCUCAUACCUGAUCUUGUAUACUCUUGUAGCGUACUACAUUGACUUGCUGCACAAAUAAGAUCCUUGUACUGUGCAAAUACCUAGCAUUUAUAUAGACAAUUUCUUGUCUUAUUUACAUAAAACAAUCUUGGAGCUGGAAAUCGGAGGAAGACUGUCUCAUUGGCAAUCUAAUGAAUCUAGUUUGUUCCCUUUCCAAUUGGCUGUGAGAAGAUGCUGUAAGGGAGUGCAGGGCUACAUUUUGACCAGAGCGGUCAUGAUGAAUCUGCAGAAAUAUAUCUGACCAGAGAUGGCAACCGUAGACCUACUCCAUUCUUUUGCAAUGCUCUGGAUGCCUUUCAUAAGAGGGCAUUGAUGGAACGUCUGUGCGAUUGCCCUCUUCUUAUUUCUCUGCUUUGAAUUUGUUAUUUUAAUUAUCCAAAUUUUAUUUUAAGUAGUUUGGAUAGGUCAUUCCACUCUAGGUCUUUGAGAUGACAGUUUUAGCAUCCCAGUGCUGGCUUAACACCCUUAUAGUUCCAAUUUAAUAUUAUUUUCCAUGAUACAAUCCUUGUAAUAUGGCAGUUUGUGUAUUAAUUUUGUUUGAGGACUUUUAGCACCGUGCAAGGGAAGAGCUUGAUGCAUCUUGGUUGAUUGGCUACCUAACCCAGUGGUUAUGCCAGUAUAUGAACAUUACUGAUUAUGUUUAUCUUGGGUAUUCUGGUAAUAAACCUCAAUUUCAUUUAGUAAAAAUACAAUUUAAUUAAUAGAUAUAAAAAAAAGUCCCAUAUAGUUUGUUUUUGAAAAAAUGCAGUUUAAAACUUAAACAACCCUUUGAACUACAAAUGAGUGAAUGCAUUUAAUUUAAAUUGGUGCACGUUGGAGUAUUCGUAUUUUCUUUUGCACAAUGCUAUUUAUGGUCAAAGUAGAUACUUGUCAUUACCUGGUGCUUUGAUUUCAGCCUACUUGCUGCUGGUCACUGUAAUAUUAGAAAUAAAUUGGCAUUUGUAUUUGCAUGGUUUUGAUGUAUAGAUUGUGUUGCUCUCGAGCUCUGUUAGUAGUUGCAUCUCUGGUCCAGCAUUCUCAGUUGGCCUGAUUGCCAUAAAUUGAACAAUUCUUCAGCUUUCAAAGUGGAAUGGUAAUUUGGCUGGAAUGCUGAUAUUUAACAUUAACUGCUAGUUGUUACAUUAUAUUCAGUCACACUUUUUUGCAUAGCAAAACUUUAAAUACUGUUAGCUUUGUCUAUGAUUCAUAUAUCUGCAUUGUUUAACUCUUUCUUUUGAUUUGAAGGAGCCUUGUUGAAGGAGAAGUUGGUGACCAUAUUUUAGCUAUCAGAUUCUUUUAAAAGCUGGCGUGGUCAUAUCUUCAAUUAAUAAAUCCAAUUUAGUUGAUCGUUACAAUCCCAAUUUUUAGAGAUUAGAAGAAAUUGUUUUAUUUUAGAGUUUGAAUGGACUCUUGCUUGAAUUUUAUUGAACUAUAGGUGAAACAGCGUCACGUUUAAAUUGUUAAAUAAGGAAGCAAAAUUAAAUAUCCCUGCCAGGAAUCUUAACUUUUCAAUUGCCACAUUUCACCUUUCUAUUUCUUCCACAUACCACUUAUUGUGAAAUUUUUGCUUAAUCACAAGAAUAAAAUUGGGGGCUGUUAUAGAAUUUUAAUCACUGUCAAAAGACUUUUGUAGAUGUGAUUUUCUUAAAAAUUGAAUAUAGUUGACCUUCAGGCCUCGAGUAAAAGAAAUCUGACAAGUAGUUGAGCUGUGUUGUGACAGAAAAUGUGAAAAAUGAGCAUUUUAUAGCAAUUCUUAAAUUGACUGAAUCUUGUGAUGCAUCUAAUGAGCUACAAAAUGACCAAACGCAUCGCAAGAUCAACAAAGUUGAUCUUUUGAGUACGGUAGAGAGGUUUUUAAUCUGUGUUGAAAGAAAGGUAUACUCACUUUUAAAGGAUGAAAUGUGCUAGUCAUAGGAAGCUGGAAGAGGAAGGAUGUGGGAAAGGAAAGAAGUAAUCAAAACAAUGUGUGCUGUGAGGAUAAAAGAUCUGCAAUCCAGAUGUAUUACAGCAACCAACUGCAAAAACUAUAUAUCUUCAUGAACAGAAGUGUUGCUUAAAAAAAAAUCACUAGUGAGCCUAGCAUAAGGAUUUGGAUGGAGUCUCAAAGUACGUACCAUCAUCUUUUGAUCAAAUGUUAAGUUCUGUCAAAAAGCCUUGCAAACUGUAAGAAUCAUUGAUCUGUCAAACCAAGAAAUAUAAUUAUAAAGAGACAUGAUGUUGUAUAAAUAGUUAAAUAUUCUGGAAUUGUCUCUGGUUCCCAAAAGUGAAUUAAUGCAAUUAAAGACAAAAUACUGCAGAUGCUGGAACUCUGAAAUGGACAGAGAAUGCUCGAGAAACCCAGAAGCUCUGGCAGGGUACCAAAAUCAUACUGGACAUGAAACCUUAACUGUUUCUCUCUCCACAGAUGCAGCCAAAACUGCUGAAUUUGUCAAGUAUUCGGUGUUUAGUAUUUAGACAGAUCAUUUCAUCAGGAGAUGGAAUGACGGAUAGAUAGGUCAUCAUAAAAUAUUUUAAGGUUCGCAGAAGCUUCAAAUAUGCUGGCAGAAUCAUAUUUUUCAAUUUUUUUCAAAUCAGUUUUUCAAUUCCUGAUAUCUUGUAUUCCAAACUCCCUUCUCUGACCUCUGAAAUUGCUCACUGUUCCAAGUAAGGUGUUUGGGAAAAAAAAUG